UAAAAUGGAAACUCUGUCGGACGAAAUGUCACUUUUUACUUAAGAAAUUAACAUAUUUGUGCAUUUUAAGCAAAAAAUAAUAAAAUGCGUCACGAUACUUGCUGUGUAGUUGGCUGCAAGAACAAUGGCAAAAAUAGUGAUAAAAAUUUUUAUAGAUUUCCUCGAGUGAGUUGGAAACAAGAACAACGAAUGAAGUGGAUAAUCGCUGUCAAGAGAAAAAAUGCCGAUGGAUCGCCAUGGUAUCCAAAGCCUCAUGACAUGAUAUGCAGUGCUCACUUUAUUGGAGGCAAAAAAGCCGAUGAACAAGAUAGUCCUAGCUACGUCCCAAAAAUAUUUCCCGCCAUAUAUACCUCUACAAGAGUGAAUGAAAACUCAGCCAUGUCAAGAUACAAACGACGAAUGGAACGCAGUUGGAAGAAAGAAAAAAUUACAUCAAAUGUACUCAAUAUUCCUUACGAAAGAAAUACAUUUGAAAUAAUGGAAAAUAUUGAUAGUACAAAAAUUGAUAAAGAAUGCCAAGUUGACAUAUUUUCGGUUGUUGAAAAUGAAGGGAAUACAUUUAUUUGUAAUAGAUAUAUAUAUAUACUGCCAAAGACAUAUGUGACUCUGAAGUUCAAACUGAAAUAAAAAGCAAUUUGAAGAUUAUCAAAUAUAACAAGAAGACAAAACAUCAAGGAUGUAAUACUAUUGAAAAGACUUAUGAGCAACAAGCAACCAACACGGAGAAUAAAUAUUUUACUGUAUUUAGAUCAACUAGCUUCCAUUAUUAGUUUUAACGCUGACUGUCCCUUUAAUUCCAAAAUAUCUAAGGGCAAAGGAUCACUCUUAAUUUUCUUUGCCAGUGGAUACAUUUCUUCAAAGUAUUUUCUUUUGCAUACUUUUCUUUGGCAAACUGUCUGGCACUAGGUCUGCCCCAUUGCUGCUCAUCACUGGUUUUGGAGAAGCUUUCAUUGUGGUUAAUGUAUUAAUGUAUAUUAGAGCUGCAAUGUGUUUACAUCUGCCACUCUUAUUGUACACACAAUCACAUUUUACACUUGUAAUAUAACAACUAGAAUCAAUAUAUAAGGAAGUCUUAUACGGUGUUGAUGUCACUGAAGUUUGUUGAAUUACAUGAGCUUCAAUGGUGUGGCUCAUAUGAUCUCCACUUUUAAUUUCUUGUACAUUUUGUACAUGUUGCUUUGCUUUUAUAGUCGUUUGAGGUUGAUCAUCUGCAAUAUGUAUGAAAUGCGUUAUUAGAUUAUAUUUGUUUAUUUAUUUUCCGUAAAGUCAGCCAUAAAAAAACUUGUGUACCUGAAAUUUACUGUUUGUGGCAUUUUAGACUGAAAAUAAAAAAGAUCAACAGUAUUAACACCUUAGGUUUACAUAAUCGAAUAAAAUUUCAGUAAAUUACACUAUUUCAAUAAAAUUAUUGUUUGUUUACUUACUAUUCGUACUAAAUGCCAACCAUUUGACAUUUCAAUGUCCGACAAAAUUGUUACUGCUUGUUGGCGCUACCAUUGUGCACCUAGCGAAUAUGUAAUUUAUGUCACUUAAUAGAAUUUUAGCGAAUAUGUAAUUUAUUUCACUUAAUAGAAUUUUAGCGAAUAUGUAAUUUAUUUCACUUAAUAGUAUUCUAGUGAUGAUUGCAUAAUCUAAAGUUAUGGCUUCAAAUUUUGAAUGAAUUGUUCGUUGUGAUUAUACUGUACAUAUAAUACUGUAUAUAUAAUAUACUGUACACAUCACUACCGCACGGCGUUUGUUACCAAGCAAAAAUAGUUGUCAAAAAAUGUAAGUUAAUUAUGAUACUGUUGACCUCACGUCGAUUUAAAAUUUUACAUACCAAAAUCGAUGCCACCUCUGUGGGUUGGUUGGGUAAUGAAACAACCCAUAGAUAUUUUUCAGCUAAAAUCUGCAGGACUAAUGUUUGAUUUAUUUGAAUAAGCGGUACGAAUUUGAUUUUGGAUUGGACAAUGGACAAAGAAAUUAACUGGUAUGAACUAAAAAGCUGGGUCAUUUUCGCAAUGUACGGAUAAAUAAGGACAAUAUAUGUGAUGAUUGCUGUUUAAUGACGAGAAGUUUGUAAAGUUGUGUUAAAUUUUAUUGAAUAAUGUUAAUAUGAAUCUAAAAAUAUAAAAUAAAAAGAACACAUAUAAAAUCUGAAAUACAAGUGUGCACUUUAAGAUAGGUAUUAUUUUUAACUUUUUUGAAUAAUGAUUUAUGAUAAACUACGCUUAGGAUAGUUAUGUAUAUCUGUGGCUUAAGUUAAAGAAACGUGUGUCAAGUUAGCCGACCCACUCUAAUUAUUAACUAUAUAUCACUGUUUGCCACUAUUUACUCAGUUUUGUGACAUACAUAAGAUUCUCAAAUUCAUGCUCAAAUAUAAACGAGGUAAGUCCUAGUAGUAGGGGUCUUAUUAUGGCGUUUCCCGAUAUGGGCGAGUCUUUUCGUAAUGCCUAGUUGGAAAAUCGACAAGUAGUUUAGUUUUGCGAUGGUUGAUAUAGAUUAGACAUCUUUGACUUCUACAGUAUAUGUCGUAGGCUUAUAAUAGAGACAGGACUUGGACAAGUACAAGAUCUAUUAGGCUCGUAACAGAUGGUUAAAAUGCUAUAUUUCAUUUUAUGAAAACAUUUAUAAUAUUAUAGCAUCUUUCCGUCUGUUGCGACCUUUAGGCUUUUGCGAGCGGUUUUGUAACGUAUUCGGUAUACAAGGUCUAGGAUAUCCAAAUAAAAUACUAUAUUAAACCUAAAUAUAAUUUUAUUUUGCGAUAAAAGUUAUUUUGCACAUGGAAGAUAAUAAACUUUGUCCAAAUU